UUUCAGACAAAAUGGCCGCGUUCGCAAUAAUCAAAUCAUUUGUACAAUUUGUCACUGUUUCAUUCUCCCUUGUUAUAAAUUCAAUAUUAAUUUAUCUCGUCAUCACAAAAUCCUCGAAAAAAUUGGGAAACUAUCGGCAUCUAAUGUGUUAUUUUUCCUUGUUCUCAAUGGUGUAUGCAGUAUUGGAUUGGAUUGUUCAACCGUUUAUUCACAGCCAUGGAGCCAGUUUCUCAAUGAUCAUGGAUUUGAGAGAAAGUGCAUUGAACAAGAAAGUUGCAUUUUUCUUUGUUGCUUCACUUGCCGGAUGUUUUGGAGUCUCCAUUUAUGCGAUUGCAAUCAACUUUAUUUUCAGAUAUUUUGCAUUACAAAGAGAAGGCCGACUUCGAUAUUUUGCCGGAAAACGACUAAUACUUUGGUUUUGUAUUCCGUUAUUCGGAGGGCUCUCCUGGGUUUUCUUGUGCUGGUGUUCAAUGGCUCCAGAUCCAGAAUUCACUAACUACCUGAGAGACAGUAUCAGAGCAAAUUAUGAUCUGGACGCUGAUUUUAUAACAUAUACAGGAUCAUAUUUCUAUCGAUUUGAAAGAGAUGGAAGCGUGAAAUGGAGCAUCGAGAAUUCACUUGGAGCACUUGGAUUGAAUGUUUUAAUGAUCAUACCCUUCUUCAUCAUAUUGAUAUUCGGGUACAGAAGUUAUAAGAAAAUUUCAAAAUUGAUGGCUCAGGGAGAAUGUGAUUACACAAAACGGCUUCAAAUGCAACUGUACAAAGCAUUAGUAGCUCAGACAAUAAUCCCGAUGGUUCUCUUAUCUUUCCCAAUCGGAAUAUUAUUUUCUGCUCCUUUACUUCAUUUGGAUAUUGAAAAUGGUAGUAUUAUUGUAACAUUCUUUUAUUCCCUAUACCCAGCAAUUGAUCCUAUUCCAAUUAUUUUGUUCAUCGAUGACUUUAGAAAUGCCUUUUUCGGUGUUUUUCAAAGAAGACCAUCUAAAAAUCAAGUUGCUUCAGUUGUCUCUGUGGAUGCUACUGUAGACGUUUCAUGAAAAAAAGUUAUUCAUUUCUUCUUGAUCUCAAAAUGAAAACGGCUUGCAUUUAUAAGGAAAACUGAAUUGUUAAAAUUUAAAUAAAUUGGUAAAAUGUU